UCUCCACAGGUGCCCCUGGUUGACAAAAGCCAUCUCCCCAGCCAUCCCAGUGUACAAUGGGCUCGUGUUCUUGUUUGUACUGGCAAACUUCAGCAUGGCAACUUUCAUGGACCCUGGAGUUUUCCCUCGAGCAGAUGAAGAUGAAGAUAAAGACGACGACUUCCGAGCUCCACUCUACAAGAAUGUGGAGAUUAAAGGAAUCCAAGUACGGAUGAAAUGGUGUGCCACCUGCCACUUCUACCGCCCUCCUCGCUGCUCCCACUGCAGCGUCUGUGACAACUGUGUUGAGGAUUUUGACCAUCACUGCCCAUGGGUCAACAAUUGCAUAGGACGGAGGAACUAUCGCUAUUUUUUUCUCUUCUUGCUGUCCUUAAGUACACACAUGGUUGGAGUAUUCACCUUUGGGCUCAUCUUCGUACUAAACCAUAUGGAAAAGCUGGGAGCAGCUCAUACUACCAUUACAAUGGCUGUCAUGUGUGUGGCUGGGUUAUUCUUUAUUCCAGUCAUUGGUCUCACUGGCUUCCAUAUUGUUCUAGUGGCCCGAGGGCGCACAACGAAUGAACAGGUGACAGGUAAAUUCCGUGGAGGAGUGAAUCCUUUUACCCGAGGAUGCUGUGGAAAUGUGGAACAUGUGCUCUGCAGCCCCUUGGCUCCCAGUCACCAUCUUCCACCACAGGAAAGCUGUUUCAUGUUAAGUAGGUACGUAGUUGAGCCCAAGAAAAAGCAAGCUGUGAGUGUGAAGCCUCCUUUCCUCAGACCUGAUUUAUCUGAGCGUCAGAUCACAGUGAAGAUCAGUGACAACGGGAUCCAAGCCAACCUCAACCGGAGCAAGUCCAAAAUUAGCCUGGAAGGUCUGGAGGAUAAAAGUAUGGAUGUGCAACCACCUCUCCCACCCAAAGGAGAUCCAAGCAAGUACUCUGAACUAAAAGGGCAGCUGGGGACCAGUGAAGAAGGCAGCCUUUCACCCAAACUUAUCAGCCCUCCUACACCUGCCAUGUACAAGUACCGACCAGCUUUCACCAACAAUCCCAAAGUGCACUACCAUGCUACGGCCGAGCAGAUCACCAUGCAGGAGGGACACAGUCAAGGGGCUCUGAUAGAAGAGGAUGGCAGGAGCCUUGAUUACCAGUCCGAACCCAGCUUGGACAUCCCCAGCUACCGGAAGAGCUCCCUCCACAAGACCUAUCAGUCUUCCCCACUCCAGAUAGAUUCCUUUGCCAUCAAUUCACGAUCCCUGAGCCUGAAAUCUGCUGGCAGGAAAGGGACAGACAAAGUGCCCCUUCAUCCAAUAAAGUCUGAAGGGGCGGCUUCCACCCCUUACAAAAGCAUCUUUUCUCCCAAUUCCCUGUCAAACAGAAAUGGGAGUCUUUCAUAUGACAGUUUGCUAAACCCCAUGUCACCCUCGGGGAGGAAGUGCAUUGCUCAUUCUGCUGUCAGCUCUGUUGGGUACCACUCCCCCUAUUUAUCAGCCAAAAUGUGCCAUCUUCGGGGGAGCGAGCUGCAGCGCCAACCACCGCAGAGCUUCAGCCCAGUGCUGGGGGGUCCAGCUCCACAUCAGCGAGACCCCUCCCCAGUCCGCUAUGAUAACCUUUCCAAAACCAUUAUGGCAUCCAUCCAGGAGAGGAAAGAGAUGGAAGAGAGGGAGAAGCUCCUCCACUCUCACCCUGAUUCAGUGUUUGCAGACUCAGGUGUCUAUGACACCCCUAGCUCUUACAGCCUUCAGCAAGUCAGCACGCUCUCUGAAGACCCACGCAGCAUGGCAAUGAGAUAUGGAUCUAGAGACAAUCUGAUGGCUGCUACCAGUUUUAGCACAAGGAACCCUAUACUGCAGUCCUCAGUGUCUUCACUCUCAAGUGCAAUGACAAGAGCACCAAGGACUUCCACAACCUCUCUGCAAGCUGAUUUAGCCAAUAAUAAUGUCCAAACCCAUCAAGCACUACAGAGCAGGGUGAGCAAUGGCUCCUACAAGUCUCCAGGCCACCAGGUCCCGUCGUCCCCCACAGGGAUGCCUAGGUCACCCUCUUAUGGAGGCCCGAAGGCUGUCUCGUUUGUAAACACUGUGGAAAUUACAGAGGUGCAAUCAGUGGGAGCACAAAGGGAUGACAUGCAGUUGAAGACACCUCACAAUAAAAUUAAUGGACAGCCAAAAGGAAUAUCCAGGUUGGGCUCAACAUCAAGUUCCCAGGGGACGCCUGUCAGCCCUGCUAGACACUCAAAUGUUAAGAAGGUGUCUGGAGUUGGUGGAACAACCUAUGAAAUUUCAGUGUAAAAUAAAAUUAAUUAAAGAGCCAUCCACUCAGCCAGCCAUGAAGCUAGGAGCACUGUGAAGACUCAAACAACAACAAAGAAGGAGCAGCAGCAGCCGGCCACUCUCCUUUUCUUGUUUUGAGUUUGUUCUGUUUCCAUCUUUCUCUUUUGGCCAAAAAACCAGCUGCAGCCUUAUUCUUGAGGGAAUAAAAUUGUACAGUCCAUCAGACUCUUCCUGAAACAACAGGCAGGAGCUGGCUAUGACCUAACACCACAACCACAGAGCGGAUUUAUUUCGUGCAAGAGAGCGCUAAAGCCAUUGUGCGUGUGUCUGUCCAAUAAACCUGUUGUGUACCAGUUGUGCUGUGAAAAAGUACGGUCAGUCCAGGAUCAUUCAGUUUUUCCCAUGCCCCUUCCCAGUUCUUCUGACCAGCGAUGUGUCGGGCAGGAGUCAGAGGCCCAACUGCUGUUUUCCUACCGACGGGGAAAGCAGGCUUCCUGUGCUGGGCAGUCUGCAUGUGUGAGAACUGCUCUGUGUCCCCUAGGCAUUGCAGGUUGGGUUCCUUCUCCUGGGAAGGAGCAAGGCAAGGGCACUUGGGCCACAACCACCGUGUCGUCUUUAAAUGCCUCCCUGGUCCCAGAUGGGAGCAGGAGAAAGGAUAGCAACAGCUUCUCACUGUCUGCCAUUCGCCUCCCUGUGUGUGAAACUGUGUGCGUGCGCGCGUGUUCGUCUCUCGUGGAAAAGUACUGCACCACCAGUAAGGAUCUUCCACUCUGACCUCUGCUCCCUCUGGUUUUUAAAGGCUUCUCUGACUCAGAAACAAAACCA